AUGCCGGCCGCCGAAUCCCCUAUCGUGUCUACAGAAUCCGGUCCUCUCAAAAUGGAUGACCGGAAGCGACCCGCUGCCGAUAACAAUGACUCCGCCCCGCCAUUGAAGAAACAGGCUACUUCUGUAAAUGGCGGGAGCAAGCCUCACCCCGACGCCGAUAUGCCCUGGAAAGAUGACUUGGAGAGGAUUCAAAAGGAUGCGAUCCUGCGUCAGAUGCAAGAAUACAAGCGCGAGAAGGUGGCUUUGGAGGCGCGAGUGAGCCAGAUUUCGAAAACGGCCUCAGAUCACAAUGAUCGUCUCCGAGUGAUUGAUUCAUGGUUCUGUCAGUUCCUGGAUGAAAUCAAAUUGCUCUUAGGACCUUCCAAUGAUUUGACCAAUGAUCAUGCAUUCAAGAGUUCGCUGCAAUUUGACGAUAAUGAUGCCUUUGAAACCCACUUGAAAGCGAGGUCUGACGACAUUCGCCAAAUCAUUGCUCAGUUCCAGUCCAAGGUUGCAAAUGUGUCUCCAGAUGUCACAGAUCUUCAAGGCCAAUUGGCCAAAAAGCUCGCAGAAGAAAAGAUACACAUUUCUGAAUUGGAAAAGACCCUUGCGGAAAAGCAACAACUGGAAGAAAGUCUGGAGACGGCCUCAUUGCGAUAUAUGAUGGCUGAAAAGAAGUUAGACCGUGCGAGGAGCGUGACUGCUGCCAAACUUGAAAAGGGAUACAUCAUGGGCAAUCAAAGACCUAGUUCAGAAGGUGCGCAAACAAAGCGGGAGGAGUCAUCCUCCGCCAAUGGUGGAACACCUUCCGGAGAACGCAGUGCCGAGUUAGAAGAAACCAACAACCAACUAGCCGCUGUAUCUGAAAAGCAGAAAGAGCAGUUGCAAAAAUUGGAGACUGAAAAUGCAAGCCUUUUGACUCAGAUCACGGAGGUUAAGGUCAAGUAUUCGAAGUUGACAGACGAUGACUAUGCGCAAACCGAUCUUUUCAAACAACUGCGUUCCCAAUACGACGAUGUGGUAAAGCGCAUCAACCAUCUUGAAGCAACAAACAUUCAGCUUCGCGAGGAGGCUGAAAAAUAUCGCUCAGAACGGACUGCAUACAAGACCCAGGUCGAAGACGAAGCGCGCAGCACAAUCGCGGAGAAGGACAGCCAACUAGUCCGAGCGGAAACUGAUCUUGCCCGUAUUCGAAACGCCCGUGACGAACUUUUGGCGGAUUUGCAAAUGCGAAAGGCUUCUCACGACCAAGAAAAAACCACAGGAUCCAAGUUGCAGGAGCUCGCGGACGCUCGAGAGGCUCGGAUCAGCGCUUUGGAGUCCGAGGCCGAGAGGCUGAGAUUGCAAAUUGAGGGCUCUAAAUCCUCGGAAGGUGUGGCGGACAUGCCACUUGAAGAUCUCCGUGCCAAGUACACCGGGCUGGAACGUCAAUAUGGCAUGCUGAAUACGGAGUUGACAUCAAUGCAAAUGGCGUACAAGAAAUUUUCGACCCUCGCAUCUCAGAAAGUUAUCGAUUUCAGUGCCUUGGAAGAGAAGAUUACACGAUUGACGGCCGAGAAGUCGAAGGCGGACCAGAAGUAUUUUGCAGCUAUGAAGAGCAAGGAAGCCCGUGAAACCGAAGUUCGCACACUGAGAAUACAGAACUCCAAGACCUCCGAUAUCGUUGCGCAACUCAAGGACUCAGAAUCUACCACUCGAUCACUAUUGUCUAACAUGGAAAAGCAAGCCAGCGAAGCCAAGGAAGCUUUGGCGGCUAUCCAAGACAAGCACAGAUCUACCCAACAGCAGAUGACCGAAAGUAAUAUUGUGAUGGAUGGUUUGAAGGCCCAGAUCGCUGAAUUAAAGGCGAUCUCGACUUCGAAGGAUUCGACUCUGGGGAACACUUCAACUGCCUUGCGACAGGCGGAAACCGAGAUUGUCAGCCUCAAGCAAUCUCUUACCGAUACAAAGAAGAGCCUUGAGAACUGGAAGGGCAAGAGUCUCGGCAAUAGCUCCUCCGAAUAUGAGAUGUUGCGGACUCUUGCCUUGUGUACAGUGUGCCGUCGCAACUUCAAGAACACUGCCAUCAAGACUUGUGGCCAUGUCUUCUGUAAGGAUUGUGUGGAAGAGCGGUUGACCUCUCGUUCUCGAAAGUGUCCUAACUGCAACAAAUCCUUCGGAAGCAAUGAUCAUAUGCACAUUACCCUCUGA